UUAUGACAUCUUUGGGAUUAUUACACUGCUCCGUGAAUCACGAAUCGGUCCGGGCUGGCAGUCUGUCAAUUGUGUGUCUACUCAUAACGCACUCACAAGUCACCUCUCUCUCUCUCUCUCUCUCUCAAAUCACUCCGUCUCUCUCAUGGAUUCGAGCGACGAAGAGGGUGAAGAGUAUCUCUUCAAAGUAGUGAUAAUAGGAGACUCAGCAGUGGGGAAAUCAAAUCUACUAUCAAGGUACGCUCGAAAUGAGUUCAAUCUCCACUCAAAAGCUACCAUAGGGGUCGAGUUCCAAACGCAGAGCAUGGAGAUUGAGGGCAAAGAAGUCAAAGCCCAGAUUUGGGAUACGGCUGGUCAAGAACGCUUUCGUGCUGUCACUUCUGCUUAUUACCGUGGUGCUGUCGGUGCUCUCAUUGUUUAUGAUAUCAGUCGUCGAACCACUUUUGAUAGUGUUACCAGAUGGCUGCAGGAGCUUGAUACUCAUUCUGAAACAACUGUGGCAAGGAUGUUGAUUGGAAACAAAAGUGAUUUAGAUAACAUUAGGGAUGUAAGUGUGGAAGAAGGUGUGAAGCUUGCAGAGGAGCAGGGACUCUUCUUUAUGGAAACUUCAGCACUUGAUGCCACCAAUGUACAGAAGGCUUUUGAGAUCGUUAUCAGGGAAAUCUAUAGCAAUGUCAGCCGCAAAGUCUUAAAUUCUGAUUCAUACAAAGCGGAGUUGACCGUCAAUAGAGUAAGCCUGGUAGACAAUGGAGGUGACAGCAAAAAAAACACUUCCUGUUGUUCAAGAUGAGCCAUUUUCUGUUAUUUUUGUUCUGCAGUUCAAUUGUUUUGAGGUUUCUGAGCAUAUGAUUUUUUUUUCCUAUAUAUAUUUUUUAUUAUUUAUAAUAACUGGGUACUUGACAGAAUAACUUAUAAAUUAUGGAUCAACCACAAGUAUUUCUUUGCCUGUAA